AUGAACAUUCUUUUGGCGGCCAUUUUGGCACUUGCUACAGUUACUCUGGCCAACUUUGACCUCUAUGUUGGCUCUCAGUCACAUUUUCUUGAACCCGUGGUUUUCACUGUCUGGCAAAUAUUUGAGGCGGAGCCAGACUGCAGACAAGUCUGGGAUACUGUUUAUUAUGAGGAUUCAGAGGAUGUGAGUGGGACCAAGGCUGGCGUUCGGUGCGAAGGCGAUGGAUGCCUUGGAGGCGCGGACCCAGUCGCUAUCACUACUCUGGAAAUGAAUUUCCAUGGAGAAGAUCCCAUCUACCACUGGACUAUCUAUAAGGACCGCAACUAUGACAUGAUCGGCCUCGACGGCAAAGUCUAUGGCAACUGUAUCCUGUUCCCAGGGGAUGAUUAUGAAUGCAUUGAUCCUGUGAUUGGCGCCUACUCAGGUGGACGGAAGUUCCGCUGCCUGACUGAAUUCACCGCUGCACAAAUCAAUGAUGCAUAA